CGGCACCCACUAAGGCCCCGUUUCAAGAUGGCGGACGACAGUGAGACAGCAGGGAAGCAGCCGCCGUCGCGGCCCCAGCGAUCGUCCGGAGAGGAGAAUGACCACGAGCACUGCAGCGAUUGCGAGAACGAGGAGGAUGACUACGGCCGCGGUGGCUUCAGUCCAGCAAAUGACAGCGGAGCCAAAAAGAAGAAAAAGAAACAGAAACGGAAAAAAGAGAAAGGAGGAGAGCAGCUGGAUCAUGUCCAGGACCAGCCAGGCAAGGUGAACUCAUUGCCAGCUGAGAGGAUCCAGGAGAUUCAGAAAGCCAUUGAACUGUUCUCUGUAGGUCAGGGACCUGCCAAAACCAUGGAAGAAGCCAGCAAGCGCAGCUACCAAUUCUGGGACACGCAGCCAGUCCCCAAACUAGGUGAAGUGGUGAACACUCAUGGUCCUGUUGAACCAGACAAAGACCAUAUCCGUCAGGAGCCCUAUACCUUGCCCCAAGGCUUCAUCUGGGAUGCCCUGGACCUUGGGGACCGAGGCGUGCUUAAGGAGCUAUACACACUCCUGAAUGAGAACUAUGUGGAAGAUGAUGACAACAUGUUCCGGUUUGAUUACUCCCCAGAGUUCCUUCUGUGGGCUUUGCGUCCCCCCGGCUGGCUGCCCCAGUGGCACUGUGGUGUCAGAGUUGUCUCUAGCAAAAAGCUGGUUGGAUUCAUCAGUGCGAUUCCAGCCACAAUCCAAAUCUAUGACACUGAGAAGAAAAUGGUGGAGAUAAACUUCCUGUGUGUCCACAAGAAGCUGCGCGCCAAGCGGGUGGCACCAGUCCUGAUCCGGGAGAUCACUCGGCGGGUUCACCUCGAGGGGAUAUUUCAGGCUGUUUACACGGCAGGGGUGGUGCUGCCAAAACCUGUUGGGACUUGCAGAUACUGGCACCGGUCCCUGAACCCUAGGAAGCUGAUUGAAGUCAAGUUUUCCCACCUCAGCAGGAACAUGACUAUGCAACGUACCAUGAAGCUCUACCGGCUGCCAGAGACUCCGAAGACACCUCGCUUGCGGGCAAUGGAGCACAAAGAUAUAGCUGCUGUGCACAAGCUCCUGAUACAGUACCUGAAGCAGUUCCAUCUGACCCCGGUCAUGAGCUGUGAGGAGGUGGAGCACUGGUUCUUACCUCAAGAGAAUAUAAUUGACACCUUUGUGGUUGAGAGCGCCACUGGUGAGGUGACAGACUUUCUGAGCUUUUAUACUCUGCCCUCCACCAUCAUGAACCACCCCACUCACAAGAGCCUGAAAGCUGCUUACUCCUUCUACAAUGUUCACACCAAGACCCCCCUCAUAGACCUCAUGAGUGAUGCCCUGAUACUUGCAAAAUUGAAAGGGUUUGAUGUGUUCAAUGCACUGGACCUCAUGGAAAACAAAACCUUCCUGGAAAAGCUGAAGUUUGGGAUUGGGGAUGGGAACCUGCAGUAUUACCUUUACAAUUGGAAGUGCCCCAGCAUGGCAGCAGAGAAGGUUGGACUGGUGUUGCAGUAACCAAUUCCCCAGAGUGGAGUGAGCAACACUGCUAAGAUGGGCCAGGAAGCAAACGCUGCCACUUGCUGUUGAGGUUUCAGUAGGAGCAAGACCCUCGCACAAAGGCAUUAGGACUGAACCAGCCCCACGAGCCAUCGACCGGUGUUAACGAUUGCCGCACGAUGCUGACUGCAGCUCCCCUGGCGGCGUCAUUGGUCUCCUUUUGUUUUUGAUUUAAUUGCAUCCUCAUAAAGACAUGAUCAAGGGAAUGUAACUGCUGAAAACUAGCUCACAAUUGAUAUAUAAUGGAUUUAACGGGUGAAUAAUAAAAGUAUAUAUUAUA